UGUAAAAGUACUCUCGAUCUAUAUCAAAUUUAGAAAUGGAUGGAAUCGGGGAGGAUGAUAUCUGUCUUCUGACAGAUUCAAACCAAGUGAUUAUGUCGUCAGAUUAUCUACAAAUGAAUAGAACACCGUAUAUAUUUCCCACGGAUGGUGCUAUUCCCAUUUCAGAGAGCCCACUGGACGAGAUGGGGACCCAGUUUUUUCAAACGCUUACAGUGGGUCUUGUUGACGGUCAGGAGGCAACCUACUUGGUAGAUGCAUCUCAGUUGGCUUUUUUCUCCAACGGCACUCAAGUUCUGAAAACAAUUCAGAGUAAUCAAGAGUUGACGACCACCGACACUGACCUAUACUCAGCUGCUGAUUCUCAUUUCCUGAAAGUGACAGAAUUUGUUAUGCCAGAUAAUGAUAAUCUAGUCAAUCUUAUUCCUGAACCACCUCUUCCUGUUGAAGCAUUAUCAAGCACGGAUGACACCAGUUACCAGCCACUGACUGUGCCCGAGGAUGAGGGUCAGUUGCUACCCGAGGAUGAGGGUCAGUUGCUACCCGAGGAUGAGGCUCAGUUGCUUCAGCUGGAAAGUGCAACCAUGGAUGAGCCCAUGGACGAGGAAACGGUGCCACCCAUCCAACACCAGGACUUUGCGCAGCAAACUGUCCAACUUCCAGAAGAAGAAGAGGAAGAAGAAGGAAAAGAUGAGGAAGAGGAGGAGGGGGAUGAGGAAGAAAAACAGCAAGUGUCUGAUGCUGAGCCGGAAACAGCAGAUUCGACGUCUUAUGAAGCUGUCGUGCAGCAAGCUGUUUCACGUGUUUUAUCCGACAUAGCUGUGCAGCAGACUCAGACCCGUACGCCAGCUGUCGAUGACAUGGAUGUUAAUCCGCCUGACAAAAAGGGUCCCAACGUUUGUGAAAUUUGCUCAUUACAAUUUGAGACCUGGACACUUUUCAAAAAACAUAUCAAGUCACAUCUUGAGGAUAAGCCACACCGGUGUAAGAAUUGUCCUGCCUCUUUCAAUAUUCCUUCGAAUUUGAAAUUGCACGAAGCUGGAAACCAUAACACGGAUAAUCUGUGUUGUCCGAUUGAGACGUGCCUGAAGCGAUUCAACCGAUUUGCCAGUCUGAAGGCUCACUUGGCGUCCCACCAGCAGGAAGAGAGCCUCUUUUGUACCGAAUGUGGUGACGAAUUCGACAACCAGCUGCAAUUGGAUAAGCAUACAACAGAACAUUACCAAGAAUGGGUGAAGAAGCCAGCUGCAAAAGUCUACAGUUGUAUACACUGCGGCCGACAAUACAGCAAGGAGUCUGUUUUGAAGGAGCAUAUGAGGUGCCAUUAUAAAAUGAAAAGCUCGUUAGGAAUACGCAAAAAUAAGAAGCCGGGCAAAAAAGGCAAUCACCUGCAUGAGUGUGAAACGUGUCGUAAAACAUUUCAGAAGCCUAGUCAGUUGGUAAGGCAUAAACGCAUACAUACCGGGGAGAAGCCAUUCAAGUGUGAUGUCUGCUCAAAGGCUUUCAACCAAAAAGGCUCAAUGAAAAUACACAAAUUAAAACACUCCGGAGCCAAGCCCUUCCAUUGUGAAUUCUGUGAUGCGCAAUUCAGCCAAAAAGGCAACUUGCGAGUCAGUCGUAUGCACGCUCACAUCAAUCGCACUCAUCGCGAUCUCAUCGCCAAACAAACUGACGGAAAUGACGAUGGCGAUGACCCUAACAAGGCCGCAGGAGAGACAGAUUUGAUGGAGAUGGGUGAUUCUACUGCUAAAGAUUCUUCAGAUAAAGAAAACGACGAGGGACAAGACAGUUCUAAUCGACCCGAAGUUGGAGGCCGACCGACAUCAAAAUCUAAUCGUAAUGCCAGAUCGCAUCUGCGACAGAAACGCUAUCACUGUAAGCACUGCCUGCUGCGUUUCUCAACCCUCAGCGAACGAGCGUUACAUAUUCAGAAUGCGCACGCUCUACUUGAGAUGGAGCAGUCGUCAAACGGACUAGAUAAGUCAGUCGUUUUGCCUGAACCGCUUAUCAUGACAGAAGAAGGUCUUAUGGAAGUGUACUUGGAGGCCGGAAAGGUAGCAAUAGGGUCUGAGGAGGAUCGGCCACACAAGUGUACAGAGUGCGAUUCCCGCUUUCGCAAAACCAGCAAUCUCACAAUUCAUAUGCGUACUCACACUGGUGAACGGCCAUUCCUGUGCGAUAUGUGUCCCAGAGCAUUCAUCUCGAAUGCAGUCCUGAAAGCGCACAAGAACUCGCAUUUGGGCCUGAAGAAUUUCGGCUGCGAUGAGUGCGGCAAACAUUUCACCACCAAGAGCACACUGACCAGGCACAAGCAGACACACAGCUACUUCGGCAAGCCUUUCAUCUGCCCUUAUUGCAGUCAGAGUUUCAAGUCAAACUACUCUUGCAGAGUUCAUAUCAAGACGCAUUCCACUCUUGCCAUAGCUGAGUUGUUGAACCAAUCUCCUGAUGAUCCAUCGCCGUGCUUUGUUGACGAGGUGAAUAAUAUCGAAGAAAUUGGUGGCCCAGUUGAGGCCCAACAUGAGGUGCCGAUACUUGACCCUAACAUUGGCUUGCAAACGGGUGAAACGGUGGAGGUCGAUGUCGGCACAAUGCAACUCAUCGGUCAGGAUACCUAUCAAUUGAAUGAUGGAACGGAACACAUUAUUAGUGUUGAUCAAGGUACACAUACCCUCCAUGCACUGACAGAAAAUGGUGAAACGAUCAUGAUUCCCAAUCUACCCAUGCAAGAGGGUCUUACACAGGAAUCGAUCCGUGAGAUCCAGGAUUCUCUAAAUCACCAGGUGUACAGCCUCACUGCCGUUGAGAAAGAGCAGCCUUUGAAUUCAAAUGGAUUAUUUGAUCAGCCUUUUGAGCAAAUGGUCUUUUCUGCCAUAACUAGUCUCCCUACCGAUCUAGAACAAGUUCUACCCUCUUCAGUAAAUUUAAGAAGCAUUAUUGCUGAUAAAUUACACAGCUUGGAAUCGGUGAACGUACAUAUAGAAACCGACCCUGCUGAAGAGCAUGAGAGUGCAGUGGCGCAACACAUCAGCGAACAGGCAGACUCCAUCACACAUCUGGUCGAUGGCACACACCUUAUUACAAUUGUCAAUACCUCCGACAUCAAUCAAACAUUAAAUGGGUCCGAUAUCAAUCAAACUCUAACUGUGACUGAUAUCAAUCAAGCUCUAACUGUGACUGAUAUCAAUCAAGCUCUAACUGUGACUGAUAUCAAUCAAGCUUUAACUGUGUCUGAUAUCAAUCAAACUUCAAAUGAGACCGAUAUCAAUCAAACUAUGAAUGAGUCCGAUAUCAAUCAAACUCUAGAUGAAUCCGAUAUCAAUCAGACUCUAGAUGAGUCUGAUAUUAAUCAAACUCUAAAUGAGACCGAUAUCAAUCAAACUCUAAAUGAGACCGAUAUCAAUCAAACUCUAAAUGAGACCGAUAUCAAUGAAACUCUAGAUGAAUCUGACAUCCACCUAAACUGUUCCGAUAACAUCCAGCAAAGCGAAAAGCCUCGAUGCGAUGUCUGUGAUCAAGAAUUCAACACUCAGUCUCAGUUGCGAGUACACGAGAAAAACCAUGGAAAAGAUAGAUUGCAUGAAUGUACAUUAUGUGUGAAAUCCUUCACAACGACUGCAUCGCUCAUUAGACAUAUCAAAGCUAUUCACACUGUCGAAAAAUUGUUUGAGUGCUCGGCAUGCAACAACACAUUCCGCACAGAGGGGCAACUGAAGCGUCACGUGGCCGAGAGGCACACCCCAGUGGUAGAGAGGGGCAAGCAGAGGGGCAGGGUGCGCCGUGCGAGCGCCAAGUUGCGUCGUGGCGUCGUGGCCCGCCAGCUGACCGAGGACGAGGCCAACCGCCUGCUGAGUCAGCGACCGCCGCCCGGCGCUUCAGUCUCCGAAAAGGUGCUGAUUGCCUCGGUGGCCGAGAGGGGACACGUCAGCGAGCUCAAGAACAAGGCGGUGUCAUUUGGUGGUGAGGUGCACCGCAACCGUUGCCAGUUUUGCCCGAAGAGCUUCCGCAAGCCGUCUGACCUGACGCGACACCUACGCACGCACACUGGCGAGCGCCCCUUCCAGUGCGAGUUCUGCAACAAGCGGUUCACAGUAAAGUCCACCCUGGACUGCCACAUGCACACACACACCGGCGCCAAACAGUUCACCUGUCACAUGUGUAGCUCCCAGUUCGCCACCAAGGGUUCGCUUAAAGUCCACAUGCGGCUGCACACCGUGAUUAGCCACCAUUAG